AACCAAAUAGGAAGAAGCUAGCCUUGGGUAUCAGCUCAAAAAUCAUCUAUAAAUAUUCGCCCAUGCUUCAUUAAAUUCACACUCAACACACAAGGCCAUUUCUCUGAAUUAUAAGCUUCUUGUUUCUCUUUUCAAUCAGUCGUUAAGUUCUCUCUGUUUAUUUGUUUGUCAAAAGAAACCGCAACAAUGUCGACGACGAAGAAAAUAACACUGAAAGCAUCAGAUGGGGAGACAUUCGAGGUGGAACAAGCGGUGGCUUUGGAGUCUGAAACGAUCAAAUACAUGAUCGAAGAUGGCUGCGCCGACAGCGUUAUCCCGGUUCCUAACGUCACCGGAAAGAUACUCUCUAUGGUUCUCGAGUAUGCCAGGAAACAUAACGGGACUACUGCUGCUAAUGAAGAUAUUAAAUGUUGGGAUGCUGAUUUUAUCAAAGUCGACCAAAAUGUCCUCUAUGAGCUCACCCUGGCUGCUAACUAUCUCAACAUGAAAGGUUUGCUGGACUUGGCUUGUGAAACAGUGGCUGAUAUGAUAAGGGGGAAGACGCCGGAGCAGAUUCGCAAGACAUUCAACAUCGCCAACGAUUUCACCGAAGAGGAAGAAGAGGAGGUUCGUAGGGACAACCGAUGGGCUUUUGAGUGAUGCUUCUGCUGCUGAUGCUCUUUCAAAUGUGCUUAUCGUUAGUAGAGUAGAUUAGGAUAUUAUAUUCGUUUUGCUUAAGAUCAUAUUAAUACCGAUUCGGUCGUUUAAAACAAUUUUGGUUAGGAUUAUAAUCUGAUAUUACAAUUUUUUUGCC